AUGGUUCUCAUCAAGAGUCUUCUAUUUGCUGGGCUGGCCACCUUAUCCUUUGCCAAAGGGCCAGGCUCUCCCCCACCAACCUACGACAACUCCGCCGUCCUUGACCUUAUCCCAGACAACUUUGACAAGAUCGCGAUCUCUGGCAAGCCUGCCCUUGUUGAGUUCUUUGCCCCGUGGUGCGGACACUGCAAGACACUUGCUCCUGUGUACGAGCAACUGGCACAAGACUUCGCCUUUGCCAAGGACAAGGUUGUUAUUGCGAAGGUCGAUGCCGAUAGUGAGAAAUCAUUAGGAAAGCGAUUUGGUGUUCAGGGCUUCCCUACAAUCAAAUACUUCGAUGGAAAGAGCAACAAGCCCGAGGACUACAAUGGCGGCAGAGACUUGGAGAGCUUGACGGAGUUCCUUACAAAGAAGACAGGCGUCAAGCCCAAGAAGGCGAAGGCUCCUGCUAGUGCGGUUGACAUGUUGACCGACUCGUCAUUCAAGACGGAAAUUGGUAGUGAUAAGGAUGUUUUGGUUGCUUUCACAGCACCAUGGUGUGGCCACUGCAAGAGCCUUGCACCAAUCUGGGAGAAGGUUGCCCAGGACUUUGCCAACGAGCCUAACGUCGUUAUUGCGAAGGUGGAUGCCGAGGCAGAGAACUCGAAAGCCACAGCCAAAGACCAAGGCGUCUCCUCAUACCCAACAAUCAAGUUCUUCCCCAAGGGUUCCAAGGAGCCUGUGGAAUUCAAUGCUGGACGUACGGAGGUUGAUAUCGUGAAGUACGUCAAUGAGAAGGCUGGAACACACCGUACCCCAGGUGGUGGGCUUGAUGCUACUGCCGGUACUAUUGAGGCUUUGGAUACCCUUGUUCAGAAGUUCACUGGUGGCUCCAGCAUUGCUGAGAUCGCUGCUGAAGCUACCAAGGCUGCAAAGGACUUGAAGGAGGGUGCUCAGUACAAGUAUGCUGAUUACUACGUCAAAGUCUUCGACAAAAUGUCGAAGAGUGACGGAUAUGCCGCCAAGGAGCUGACUCGAUUGGACAACAUCCUCAAGAAGGGUGGUCUUGCUCCAGCGAAGCUUGAUGAGUUCACCAGCAAGACCAACAUCUUGAGGAAAUUCGUCGAGAAGGUCACCGGAGGCAAGUCUGAGCUAUAG